AUCUGACCCAGUGGUGAAAUUAGCCUGUCUGGCUAUCUCCAACUAGGCGAUGGGCGAGUGUUCCUCAGGGUUAGAACCUUAGAGGCAGACCGAGGGAACGGGAAACGCGAGAUGGUCGACUGGAGAACAGAUGGCUGGGAUUGAUAGGGUGAAGGAGGGAUCCUACGAUGCCUUUGGCUGGUGGAGCACAGCAUGGCUUUGGCCGGCCACCCACAGCCACGAGCUCUUCUUGUCCACUUGGAUUUCCCCUUCCCCUCUUUCUCUUAUUCUUUUUUUUUUCUUUUCUUUUCUCUUUUUCUGUUUCUUAUUUCUUUCCGGAUGCGUUUCAAUCCUUUCUGCCUGCCUGUCCCCGGUCUGUGAGACUCUGCAAAGUGCAACGACUCCGGGGUCGAGGGUGACACUGGAAACGUCCGACGAGUUCAGGGCCAGCAGUCGUCAUCGCAUCGCCGGCCUUCAAUCCCCAUCUGGGGGCGAUCCGAGAUGGAAGGCCGUCGAAAAAAAGAAGACCAAUGACGAUGGGUCGGAGACGUCUAAUCAGCCCACCUUGGACUGGGGCCCUAGAAGGAUUCUCCAACCCCAUCCCGAUCGCCAUCGCCCGAUCACUGGCGAUACACUUUCUGGGUUGCUGGAUGGCGCUCGCUGGGCGAGGACAACUAAUUUUUAGUCACAGCAUUAGCAGAGCUUGCUAGCUACCCAAUCUCUUUUGGGGAUUGUGUGUGUGUGUGACCGGCCGUGUAUCUGUCUAUCCAUCCAAUUGUCUA